CAGACGAUCCCGAUGCUGCUCCACAAAACACACCUGCGGAUCGUUCAUACUUCCGAAAUUCCUUGUAUUACGGACGAAAGUCCAAAGGACAAUGUUGUCGUACAUGUUACCAACGGAGGACAAACCACCGCCUGGAGAACCGAAUCAAAAUCAUCAAAAAACCCAAGGAAAUUAUCGGAACACAAGCAGCAGCAGGCUUCACAAAAAUCCACGAGACCAAUAUCAACAACAACAACAACAACAACAACACUUACAACAACAACAACAACAACACCAUCAUCAACAACAACAAUUACCACAAACAAUUCGGCAAAAAACAACGGCCUCAACUAUAGCAAUAUCGACAUCACCGAAAAAAUUUGUAGACGGAAGUAUUAGAACGAUGAUAGUGUCUAAUAAAAUUGAAGAUCAUCAUCAUCAACAACAACAACCAAGUUCGAUGGAUCGUUAUUAUCAAUCUCAAUCUCAAUUUCAACAUCAUCAACAACAACAACAACAACAACAGAUUCAACACUCCUUGUCUUCGGAAAGUCCGAAACACAAUGGUACUUUGGUUGCAAAAAAAUCAACCCUACACAAUUCGACUAGGGUCACGAAGGACGACAGUUUGUAUAGUAUCGACAGUGAUGCUAGUACAGUUGGUAGCGAUCGGAAGAACAAAAUUCUCAACGGUGCAAAGCAUGCCAGUCUUAAAAGAGUAUCCUUUGGCUCCAGUAAAGGAUCGAUGGUUGAGACUCUUGUUUAUGAGACUCCAGUUCAAGAGGAACCUGAAAUCAAUCAUUUUUUGGACCAUAAUGGCCGCUUACCCCCACCUAUGAUACCUGUACCUGACACCGACGAAGGCAGAGAAAAGGUACGCGUGUCGUUGCUUGGUCCACAACCUUCACCUGCUACACCUGGUGUCCUAUUAUUGGAUCCAAUUCUACCAUCCAUUGGACACCCCAUCGAAAUGGCUGCGAGUCCUGCUGAACUUUUAACGACGCAUUCUGAACACACCACUCCUGCUUAUCACACGCAAAUCAGUACGGAUAGUGGUUGGGAUAACCCGUUCAGGCCGGAUGGUGAUCUAUCAAGAGAAGCUGACGAGAUAGUAGAAUUGAUAAAGGGUGGUAAACCAAUCACCCCAACACCAGGACAAACUGCACCACCAUUACCAGGAUGCGAAGAAACGGGCAAGACGACGCCAGGUGGUGGGGAACACGAUUCAAGUUCCAGUCCGUUACUAAAAUCAAAUGCAAAUUCGACGAAUCGUCAUUCGAAUGCAUCCCCGAGAUUGAAUCAAGGGAAUGGGAAUGCUCAUGGCACACCUAUCAAAUCUUCGACGGCUGUUAACAGUCAACUCGGUAACAACGAGAAGGUUGGCCCAGGUUCGAGGACCGUCGAAGUUGCAAGAAUGACUGCACAAGGUCCCGGUGAUGCAUCGCAGGUCGAGCAUGUUACGUUAAAGAAGAAGCCUAAAUGCAAAUGCUGUGUGUUGCAGUAACGAGAUAAACGCGUUUUAAAGGAAUGUUUUUUGCGAGAUGAAAGAGCACACGAAUGAGAAAGAGAAAGAAAUAGUUGUGGCCAGGAAUGGGUGGGGGUGGUAGGGGGGAGAAAAAGGAAAGAUAAAAGAA